GGUCCAUGAUAACCAUGUGCGUUAAACAAAAUAUAUAUUAAAAAAUGGAAUUGGAUAUAUCAUUUAAUAAUAAUAUUUGAAAUAGUUAUAAAUAAAUAUCAAUAUAUCUGCGGCUAAUUUUCAACAUGUCUAUAAUCAAAUUCCCUUGGAUUAAUAUAUGUCGGUUGAUGUUGACACCUAAGAAAUUAAUAAUUAAUAAAAGAACAUUUACACACGAAGUAAGACAUUGUAAAGAGUUAAUAAUAAAUAAAUUACUUAAUGUAGAAUCAAAUAUUGCUGAUGACAAAUGGUCAUUAAUACGCAAAGAAUUAUUUGACAGUAGUGCAGCCAUCAAUGAAGCCAAUAUUGACUGUGUUAUUAUUGACACAUGUAGAGAAUCAGAUAAUCCGAAUUUGGCAUUAAAUUACGUCCAACAUUUAAUACGAAAUGAAAAUAAAAAUUUGAAUAUUGCAACUGUUGGUAAAUAUUUUAAAGCACUGUAUGACAGCCAAAAGGUAUUGGACUCACAAGAAAUUGAAGAGAUUUAUCGUCUAUAUGAUGAAGUAAGGACAAAGUAUCCAGUUGUUGAUGCAAUCACUGCUGAAUAUUUAAUCUUGGGUUUAUCAUUGACAGAAAGAUGGAAAGAAAGUGUUGAAUUAUUAGACAUGAUCACAAUGACAAGUACGUCACGUAGCGCUUCUUACUCGUCAAUUAUAUCAGCAGCUUUUGAUCAUGAUGAAUUUAAAUUUGGUUGGGAGCUUUUAUCACAAAUGUUCCCACGAUUAUCACCUAGUAAACGUGCCUAUAAUUCUUUUUUAAAAUAUUGUACGAGAACGUCCAAUAAUUCGCGAGAAUUGGAGUAUGUUAUUAACAAAUUAUUUGAAUUAUGGAAAGCGAAUGACGUAUUAGCGCCUCUAGAUGUUAUUACGUCAAUAAUUGAUCUCCUUGUUAGCACCGGCGAAUGGGCUGCUAGAAAAACAUCGAUUGGAAAAGAUGGUACGUGUGAUCAUUGUAGACAAGCACUGAAACCUUUAGAUCUUAAGCCAGGAGAUUUUCAAUAUUUGACGGAUCUUGUGUUAUCUAAAAAUUUAAUAGGCGAAGAUGUUUAUGGCAAAACAACUCCUGAGGAGUUGAGGCAGUUUAAAAAAUUUGUUGACUCAACAAAACCUUAUGAUAUCUGUAUUGAUGGACUUAACGCGGCUUAUACCCUCAAUCGAACUCAAAAAUCGUCGUUAGGCCAAGAGCUAGCGUUAGUUGUUGAAAAAUUCGUUGCACAAAAGAAAAAAAUAUUCAUACUAGGACGCAAGCAUAUGAAUAAAUGGUCACAAAAUCAUAUGAGUUACAUACGAAAACAUUGCUACCUAUUUUUCGCAAAUAAUUUAUCACAGGAUGACCCAUUCUUACUCUACGCAACUCUUGCCAGUGGCGCAAAUUCAUAUUUCGUAUCUCGAGAUUUAAUGCGUCAGCAUAAAUUCGACCUGCAGGAUGAUAAAACUCGGCAAUUAUUCCGUCACUGGCAGAUAAGCCGGCAGAUCUUUCCUACAUACGUUGGAACAAAUUUCCAUAGAACAUUAUUACUUGUUUAUCCUCCCAAAUAUCUUCCAGUUGCUCAAAAAAAUUCACAUGGCUGGCAUCUACCAUGUGCUGAAGAUUCAGAUCUAAAAUCAGCCGAUCUUUAUAUUCCGAGACCACCUCAGACGUGGAUUUGCCUUAGAAAAAAUCAUUAACUCAUUAUUGUCCAUAUUUUUAGUUAAAAGUACACAGAAAAAAAAUAAUUUACUUCUGCUGUUUUCUUUCUUUAUAAAACAUUUUUUUUUUUUAAUUAAAAUUGUAAAAAUGUUGUCAAUUAUUCUUAUUUUAUAUUUUUAAUAAUGAUAAUAAAUCAAUUAGAUUACAAAUUAUAAAUAUCUACGAAAGAUUUAUUGUGAAUUGAUUCGAAAAAUAAGUGAUAAAAAUUAAAUUUUUGAUAACUAUACUAUGAUAUAAUUUUUUUUAUUUAUUGCAAGUAGUAAAUAAAAAUAAAAAUAAUACAGAA